AUGCAAAGAACAUUGAACUAUAUUAUAGCCGAGCUGCGGAUACGAGAAGUUGAACAUCUUGCUUUGGCAGAAGCUAGCCGCAAAGACGCAAGUGAAGAGAGCAAUGGGAAUAAUAUAAUCGAUGAAGAGAAGAACAAAGACCUGAGUGAGUUCAAGUCAGGAAGCUGGAUCAAGAAGAAAGAUGGAGGUGCGAGGAUGAGGGAGAUGGAAGACGAAGAUAAGCGCUGGGAAAAGGAGAGUGGUGGUAAUCCUCGAUGGGGUGAGGGUAGGACCGCGCAUCUCUACGGCAAGUAG